AGUAAAAUGAAAAAAAAAGUCAAUGGGUAUUGUCACGACGCCCUCUGUUGACAAACAAGCAUUAUGCGUUUACAGUCACUGAUUGUGGUUCGCAUUUGACUUGUCGGACCUCGUUUUCACUCGCUGUUUUUUCAUUAUCAUCUAAAAGGUCACCGUGCCGUGAAGUUUUCAAUCAUUUUAGAAAAUCCUAUCUGAAUUAGAUGAGUGGACGAGGACUGCCCCUUUGGAAUUAUUGUCCUUCAACUAUUCUGAAGUUCACCCCCAUUAAGACUGAGGCCUACACAGAAAUGGUUGAAAGCACAACAAAAAUUCGACAUAGUGAAGUGCAGGUAUAUUUUCCUUUCAUUCAGGGCAGGUAAAAAACGCGUUGAGGAACACUUCAUUAAUUUCUUUGUGACUUUUUCGAGCUGGUUGACGAUCGUCAAUCGCGCGCGAGAGGAGGAAUUAUUCACCUUGCAGAGAGCCAACUAGUGUUUUUCCCUUCGUCGUUUGGUUAAACCUUCCUCGUCAGCGGCUCAGCAAAUAUUUACCGUCUGAAUGUUCCUACCGGGACUCGACCAGAGAUAAGUGCUUUGCCGGCGAGGAGUUAUCGCGAGGGUUCCCGUUGACGGUUCCCAUUCACGAUGGCACAGCAUCUCCACGGCCCUGCCUCGAUAUUCCCCCGUGUGGCGUCUGCACUCCUCGUGGCUUGUCUGUUGCUGCUCAAGGAACCAGAUUUAUACAGUUGCAUGUCGCCGGACAAGCCUGCCGCUUCGAAAUUGAUGGAAACCCUGACAAAGAACUAUGGACCAGUCACGGUUCGACCGAUCUACGACGCGAGCCAACCUACCGGGGUCGCCAUUCGAAUCUUCGUCACACAGAUCAUCGAACUGAACGAGCGAGAACAGUUCGUCCAAAUCAGCGGGUUCAUGAGACUGAAGUGGCACGACGCCUUCCUGGCCUGGAACAGAACCAACUAUCCCGGCGUGGAGAGGUUAUAUAUCUCCACCAAAGACAUCUGGACGCCAGACAUCACCAUGUACACCAAUCUCUCCCCGGGCCUCAGCGUUGAUGAGUUCUUUGAGCGGACCAAGGACAUACCGACCAUCGUGACGCCGGACGGCAUGGUCUCCUGGAAUUUCCCUGCCAUCCUCAAGUCCUCAUGCCAAAUCGACAGCCUGCUCUUCCCGUUCGACAUCCAGCGCUGCGACCUGGUCUUCGCCUCCUGGGUCUACACCAUCUUGGAUAUUGAUCUCUUCAGGGACAACGAGACGGACCAGAAUUUCAGCGCCUACUUCGUGCCCAAUGGAGUCUGGGAGCUAACGGACGUCCUAGUGACCCGGGAAGAGGUCAUAUAUCCGUGCUGUCCCGAUACUUUCCCCGUGGUCACCUUCUCUCUGCAUCUCACCCGUCGUCCCCUCCACUACAUUCUCAGCAUCCUCCUUCCCGGCAUCCUCCUGGCGAUCAUCAGUCUCUCCAUCUACGUCUUGCCCCCCGAUUCGGGGGAGAAGAUCUCGCUGGGCGUGACAACCCUACUGGCGCUACUGCUGUUCCAGGAGCUGAUCAGCGGGUCGCUGCCGCCUUCCUCCGACGCCACGCCCAUCAUCGGUUAUUUCUUCACUCCGAUGGUUGUCAUUGGCUGUACAUCUGUGCUUAGUAGCGUGUUGAUACUCAAUAUCCAUCACCGCGUCAUUUACCGACCAGUGCCCCGAUGGCUUCGGUACUUGAUCCUGAGAGUGCUCGCUCCAAUUCUGUGCUACAGGCAUGGUCAGGAGACCCUCUACUCCUUCGAGAACUCAGGCCCGACCAGGUCGGCGACCAUCAUCGAGUCGUGGCCCCGCGCGUCCACCAACAACGUGCGCGAGUCGUCCGCGGAGGGAGUGGGGUACGCCAACGGGCACGAGGGCGGCAGCGACGACCGUGGGCUCGGCGGCGAUGCAGACGGCAUCCCCAUGAACAGCCUCGGCUGCGAGUUGGACCCCAGACGCUGCUGCCACCACCCUUGCUGCCGCGAGCUGCUGAAGACCGUGGAGAGAAUGCUGGACACCAGACGGGAGGGUCACAGCGAUCCGCCCAUUCGCGAAUGGCAGGAGGUGGCACUUGUCCUGGACCGCUUCAUGUUGCUGGUGUCUGCUCUGACAAUGGCUGCGUCGAUCACUGUCACCACUGUUAUGUUCGUAAUUCACAGUCAGUCGCCCACUGUAAAACAGCUUUGAAAGUCUAUACGUGGGACCCUCACUAGCUAACUUAAGCCACGCCCACGCCAGCCCUGAAAGCCCCAUACCCACGUCAAUGAGUACCCGUGCCUACCUGUAUUACCUAUCAAAGCCGUCCGUUUGCCUACGGACUAACCAAUCCCAUACACCGCUUAUAUACAUGGAACAUUAUACAACAUUGUGCCUGCACUUGACCUCCCAACCACACAUUCGCUGACUAUACAAAUCUGCCUUACUUUGUCGCGUCAAAUUCUGCUUACCAUCGAUUUUCUUUUGAAAAGAAAUCGAAAAUAAAGUAUAUAUUCAGGCAAACUAGUAGACAUCUAACAAUUUUAACCCGUGACCUUCCAACCGUAAAUUGGAAAACAAUUCCUAGUGCCUGUACCAAAUAUCUGUUUUUCUUUCCCUGAAUUUUGCAAUGUGGAAUCUUGAGAAAAGGAAAGUGUGUGUAAAAUGUAUGGAGAGAUAAGCUUAACUGUAUAUCCAACCUUCCACUAGAAAUCGUAAAAAGGUGCAAAAUUCUCUGCGACCUCCCUACCUAAUUUGAUUUCCUUCGUGUUUUAAUGAAGAAUUUUAAGAAGCGUUCUAUGGAGGGGAUGUGUGAAUAUGGAUGGGAAAUCAUAACCUUCCAACUUUAAUUGGUCCGAAAUGGGCUUAGUAAUCGCCUUAUAUUCAAGUUUUUAAAAUGGCGGCUUUCCUGUAUGGAUGUCAACGCUGGUGUUUAAGGAUGUGUGGACUGUGGAAUGUUAACUACACGUGUGUUUUUUUUAUUAUUGUCAUGUGUAUUUCGAUCAAUAGAUUUUCACAUUUUCAAAACAAUUAUUUAAAGGACGGAGUGAAGUUGUGAAAAAAUGUCGACCUUCUAAUGCAACUCUAUAGGUUAGUCUGUCGUUAAUCUUUGUGGUUUAACUGGUCCAGUCGUGAGUCGUGAGCACUCUGUAAAUGACUGAUCAGCCAUUGCCUGGUUGAUAGGUGCAUUUUCAGCAGUGAUUUUUAACAGCGGUUUAUGUGUUGAGCAGUAGCAUAUAACUCAAGAGGGCAGGCCUGGGAGGCCCAAGGCCUGCAGUGGCGUGGCCACGGGGGGGUGGGGCUUGGAGCACGUGCCCCCUACAAAUUGCUGGUGCCCCCAGGUGCCCCCCUCAAAAAUGGAAUAAUGGAUAUUGAACAAGACAAACAAAAGCUUGCCCCCAAAUAACCACACCAAUGAAAGCUGGUGCCCCCAUAAGAUGCUGGUGUCCCACUUGUGUCCCCCUCCCCUUAGUAAAAUCCUAGCUACGCCACUAGAGGCCUGACCGCCCCCGUUACUGGGUUUGGACUGAACAGUUUGACAUGAUCGCUGCCUGCAUCGGAUCGAUUGUUUGGUGUCAAUUGAUUCUGAGAAACAGAACGUGCCAACGUUAUGGAAACAGUGGCGAUCCACCGCACUUGCUGUAUUACUUUUAAUAACGCGGGAACAGUAAACGCUACAGUGAAGUAAAGCUAUAGCUUUGACUUAUAGGCCUAAUUUAUUGCGUAAAAUAGCAGUUUUGCCUUCUUCAGUUUUUGUUCCGUUUAGAAGCUAACUGCAAUGAAUCUGUGGUCAACUUGGCUUGUAGGUGCUAUGCAAAAUACAAAGGUCAACAACGACUUUCGUUGCUGAUAAAAUCGACGCGUUUUAAUAUCCUGGAUAUUUUUGACCGGAGGUCUCAAGCGCUUAUGAGCUUCUUGUCGAUGCAUAAGUAUAACUACCCACGGUGACUGAACUAAAUUCUAUAUAUUUACUUUGUUUUUCGUAAUCUUUAUACGAUGUUUAUCUUUAUCGUUAUACCUGUUUAUCAUGGAAAAAAGCUGACGCAUUCCAAGGAAGUGGUAAAAGAUAUUUAAUUUGUUUUAAGUUGUAUGUAUUUAUGUAUUCGUUAUUUUUUGGCGCCAUUAAGAUCAAUAUGACGAACAAACCUUUAGCGCACAAGGGGUGUUAUCUGCUAUUCAUUGGAGCCCCGACAAAACACAAAUUUAAAUGGCAAAAUGACUUUUAACACACACAUUGUAAUUUCAGAUUUGUUUCAUCUGUGCUUCAAGUAAUUGAACAAUCAAGUCCUUUGCUUUGCCCGAGUAACGUAAAAGAAAUUAACCAGCAAGGGUUUUCAUAUCUCGUAGACCUAUGUCAAUCUAUUUUCGGCCCUUGUUCGAUAUCGAAUUAUUACCAUUGUGACGGCCGUCUAGUUUGUGGCUCUGGAAGAUUGUCUUCCAAAGGGAAUCAGAAAUGUCUAAAAAUCAUUCUAUUGAGGACUGAAAAAAGGAACAUAAAGAGCCUUUUUUACCUCAAGAUUGAGACAGCGUAUGCCUCUUCAGUGAGAGAUUUCAAGUAAAGGGGCAACCUUUUGACCGCUGCAGGUGGACUUUUUUUCAACUGUACCGUAAAAAAGGCGCUCAGAGUUUUAACACGUUUUCCAAAACGCCUUUCAUGUACCCAGAUUAUUUUUAAACAUGUUGAGACAUUUACGUUGAAAUGCGUUCAGGAAAGUGUUUAAUUACUAAGCUAAACGUGUCUCACUGAAAAGCGUUUAACAUUUCAACACAUUCCUAAACGCAUUUCAGUAAACAUUGCCGGGGGUUAAUGCAGUGGCGUAAAUCUUUGUUGGAAAUUGAGGGGAGGGGUGGGGGAUAGGGAAA